AUGUCGCAGCUCUCCGAUGUCUACGCAUCAUCUAGCUUCGAUGGGGUGCAAUUAGACACGCUACAAUACCUUGUUCCUAACGAUUCCCUAUCCCAACGCGAAAGCCAGAGUCAACUACUAUCCGAAAGUCAGUUUGGAUCAGUUCCAGACCUUCCAGACCUUCCAACCCAUCGAUCGCGCGUGGCACCUCAGGCCCCAGACACUCUUACACGAAUCAAACCAGACCGUAUCAACGAGUACGUUGUCUUUACAACUACAAUGACCGCAGAAUUUAUUCAGUGGUGGCUUGAAACCGACUUUGGUAAGAAGAAGCGGAUCAACUGGGAUAUGAACCGUCGUGCAGAGUGCUGGAAAGGGUUUCAACAAGUUGCAAAUACCAAAGAUAGGAAGCCAGGCGUUAUAUGCAAACGGUGCCGUACAAUUCUUGAGCACCCAACUACCAACCAUACUGGAACCUCAUCGAUGCAGAAACAUCUCGAUGGGCUAAGGUGCCGACAGCGAAUACCGAAGAAGGGUAAUAUCCAGCAACUACUUAGUGACGCGGCUGAGAGAAGACCAGCGCCUACCUUUACCCAGCAAAUAUGGGAGCAGAAGAUCCUAAACCUGAUCACUGUAUCGUAUUUACCCUUCCUAUUUGUCGAACAUCAAGAAUUCCACGACCUCCUUUCCUACGCACGGCUAGCACCCACACUACCAAGUGUUCCAUCAAGAAAGGUGAUUCGUGAGCGCCUUCAGGAUUUUGUUAUAGAACAUCAACAGGAGACACUACAACGGCUUCCAUCUAGUGCAAGAAUGUCGAUUGCGCUUGACUGUUGGACUUCUCCAUUCCAGCAAGCAUUCAUGGCUAUCACAGGAUACUUCCUAGACCAGGAAUGGGAGUAUCGCGAGGUUCUCCUUGGGUUUGAGCCAAUAUCUGGAUCUUAUACUGGAGUGAACCUCGCGGUGAAUGAUUCGACUAAGACGCUACAGCAAGAGACAGAUUCUACAAUUGUCCAAGCCGCCCCGAAGAAUAACAACACCGAGACGGAAUGGUCUGAAGAUCGUGUACAUUCACUUCGUGCACGCCAGCAGAAACAUGAGAUCGCUGAUACUCUAAAUAAGGUUUGCGGCCUUACAGUUUAUAUCAACGGAAGCCCUCAACGCAAAGAAGCCUUCUUGAAUCUUCAAUCUAAUAAUGCUGGGAUAAGGCUUCUCCUAAUCCAGGAUGUCCGUAUACGAUGGAAUUCGACAUUUCUGAUGCUUCGGCGGGCGAAAAGACUUCAUGAUAUAUUCGACAAGUACUGCAAGGACUACACCCAAACCUAUUUUGCUGCGAAGGAGAAACUGAAGAAAUACUACGGUGAGACAGAUGAUAUCGAAGAGAGGGCCCUUGACGGUGAUUCUUCACCACGAUCAAUUACUCCACAGUACGACGAGCUCACCAAAUAUCUCCAGAGUGAUACUAUUAAAGGAUCUGUUCGGAUCUUCUGGAAAGAUCAUCAGAGAGAGUUCCCUGUUCUUGCAAGCAUUGCCCGUGAUAUCAUGUCAAUUCCAGCAACUGGUGCCGGAGUUGAGCGUCUGUUUAACUCUGCUCGGGAUGUAUGCCACUACCGCCGGGGGUCGUUGAAUCCAGAGACUAUUCGUGAUAUUAUGUUGUACAUGUGUACAACAAAAUUUGAUAUUGAGGAGGAGCAGCGGCUGAUUCUCCAAGAGUAUCUCUUAGACCAUGAGAUAGCAGCUUCGGCAGAAGCACUUGAUGUCCAGACACAUACCUUCGAGGCUAUCAGUGAUGACGAGGAGGAGGAUAUUGAGUUGCGUCUUGAUACACCGGCUACUGUAUCAAUUAUGCAAACAACCCCAAACGUACCGCCACUCUCAGCGGUUGCCGCUGGAAAGCGGCCUGCGGUCACUUCUGGUGAUGAGGAAGAUUCUGAUGCCGAUGGAUUUGUGAACCCGGAGGAGAACCUAUUAUUAUCCUUCCCUAAUACGCAGUAUCGUGUAUCAGAACUAUGA